AUGUCAUCGUCGAUGGCGGAAAUUGAUCCAACCAACGGCUCCAAUAUUAACUCAACCACAUCUCUCUACGAAGACCCCCAGAGCCAGAUCACAGAUCUCAUUCUCUGGGAGAGGGUUCACGGGAUCGGUUUAUCUAUUCUGGCGAUUCCAGCAAAUCUUGUGGUCAUCAUCUGCCUGUGGCGAGAUCCCAGCUCGUCUGUGUCUGGUUUCUCGACUUACGCUGUGUCCGUGGCGAUCACCGAUCUCUUGGUAGGAGUCGUUCUUGUGCCUAUCAAUGUCACGCGUUCGUACUUCUCCACCUGGUCGCCGGUGUCCUGCGUGCUGUGGAAACUUCUGGACUUCGGUUUGACUUCUGUAUCCAUGUUGCUGUUUCUGGCCAUGGGCUAUGACCGAUACCGCUGUGUGAGAGCCCCGCUCAAGUACCGUUCUCAGUUCCGAACGAAUCGUGCAAUGCGGGUAUCCCUAGCAGUGUGGAUUGUCGGGUUUCUAAUAUGGAUACCAUAUUUACUGAUGAAGCACUUGCCCUUCGAUGUCGAGCCAUUCCAAACCACUUGUCCCAAUGUUAUCUUUCGUGUCAAAGUAUUCGAUAUAUUACAGGUAACGGUCGCCUACUUUAUUCCAUUGUUAGCCCUUGGUGCAAUGAACGUUAUUUUGGUGCGGACGCUAAAAAGAAGGCCACAGAUACCCCGGAAACAACCUUCAAACAGCGGAUACAACUUAACGAACAUGUCAACGAUAAGUGGAAUUAUCGAGCUCUCCACCAUGCCGUUUGAACCUUUGAAAACUUCACCCAAACACGAAAACCAGUCGCCCAAGACGUUGCGCUCUCGAAACACCUCCAGUUUCAAGAUCAUCCUCAUGGUCAUGCGUGACUGGGGUUUCUCCCGGCUGCCUGCCAGCUUUACAGUCAAUGUCCCGGUGACACAGCUGAAUUAA